UUUUCUUCCUCUUUCUCUCUCAACAUUUUAGCCUUUUCUCUAGUAUUUGUUAAUAAAUGUGUACUUUUAUUGCACGACAUUUGUAGUGAAAUAACUCGGAAAAAAAGAAAAAAUGUAGGGAUUGGAUAAUUUUUAGUUAAUUUUUAAAAGAUUUUUUGAUGAGGGAACUUAUUUGUUAGGGCAGGGGUGUCCGCAAUUGGAAAAAAUUUUCCGCAAGUGCAAUCCGCAAGUCAAAAAAACACGCAAUCCGCAAUAUGCAACCCGCAAUUGCGGACAUCCCUGACUGUGACUCUUAAAUUUAAAUCUUGUCGACAUUGUGACUAGUUAUGGAUUUCUAUAUUAUAUUUGUGUUCUGAUUCGUGUUUAGCGUGUUCUUAUUAUUGAUCUUUUUGACUUUGGUUUUUGUCUUUUUCUUGGUGGAUGUCUUGAUAGAGAUUUGGGGAGGUUGUCUGAUUUCGCGUUAAUAUCGGAUGGGGGGGGGUCUUUAUCGAAAUCAAAUCAACUGAACGAAAUCAUUAUUCAAAUAAACAUCCAAAAACUCGGAAAGUACUUGCUCUUCUUGUUUUUCCUCCAGUCAAAUCCUCAAGUUUCUUGUUUGAUCACUUGGGUAUUUGUGCACGAAAAUAUUUACUAGUAAAUAUUUUUUUAGUACACAUAUGUUUUAUAAUAGAGUCAGAACAGAGAAAAUAAACGAGAGAAAGAGACUUGGUCAAACAGAAAAAAAAGUAAAAUAGUCGUGCCAUUUUCUUUCUCUCUAGGGUCCAUAGUACACAAACUUCGGGUGUCACACAGUGCAUGUGAAUAUAGUGGGGAUGCCCCCCAACCUUUAUUUAACGCGCAGCGCUCUAAGUAUAUGAUCAGGCGGUGUACCCCCUUCCCCGAAACUUCCCCCUUCCCUCUAUUUCGUUGCUCUCUCCGUCGCGGACCCUUCAAUCGUUGUAACAACACACAUAUUCGCCCACUUUUUUUGGUUGUUGUCCCGUGUGACUGGCGCUCCUCUCUUUUUUUUCUACAAAAAAAUUUUUUUUGGGAAGGAAUGCCUCUUAAAGGUGGCGACGACAACUAAAAUAUAAACGAUGAUAUGUGAGCUGGCAGGAAUUGAAGGGGGGAGGGAGGGGGGGGGGCUGUUGUUGCUUGCUUGGUUGUUGAUGAUGGCGUGUGACUUGAAAAAAAUUUUUCUUCUGAAAAAAUUUUUCUUUUUCUUUCUUUUACCCUACUUGUGUGUGUUUAUAAAAGAAUGAAUAAAUAAAAGAACAAAACAGGAAAUUGAAGGGGAAUUUUGUGGGUAUUUGUGUUUGUUGGGGUUAGUCAAGUUGGACAUUGAGAGAAAUAAAUGUAUGGACUUUGCUACUUUUUCAUGGCAGCCCACAACGAAUUGGAAAAGAAUAGACGUGCCAAUCUCCGAGGACACCUCGAGGCUCUUAAAUCUGUUUUGCCACCCGAGAGUGAUACUCAUAGAGACACAACAUUGUCUUUGUUAACGAGGGCUAGGAACUACAUUAAGUUUGUGGACGAACAAAAGUCUGCCCUUCUCAAAAAACGAGAAGCUCUUCUAGCUGAACAUUCACGUCUUCAACAACUUUUACAGCAAAACAAAGGGGAAGGAGUGGAGCUUCCACAAUACAACGAUAAAAGUUUUAAAGAAGCAACCGCGUCUUUAACACCUCUUCAAAACGAAACUUGUCGAAAAAUAAUAAAAAUAGUUCAAAUCCCUGAAGUAAGAGAAGAAGAGGUUGUUGUGGGAGAGGAAAUUAAUGUCGAUUUUACACAAUAUGAAAUUUCUCAAAAUUGUUUAAUUAAAGAAAAGAAGGUUGAAGAAGAUGAGAAAAACAAUUCUAAACAAGAAACGAAUAAUAUAAAAGUUAAUAUGGAGGAAUAUCUUUCACUUAAUGGUUUACUUCCAGCACUUCCUUUACUCUAUCCUUAUUCUUCUGUAAAUAGUGCUGGGGUGGCUGGAACAAUGACGGCGUGACCGGACAAUCCGUCAGUGGACAAUCCGGCAGUGGAAUAUCCGUCAGUGGACAAUCCGUCAGUGGUCGGACAAUCCGUCAGUGGACAAUCCGUCAGUGAACAAAUUCGUAAUUCCUAGUCAUACCCAGACUACCGUGGCCAAAAUUUUACAUUUCAUCGUCUGGGGGUUUAUAAGAGAUAUCGAAAUUUGGAGCUUAAUGAUGAAAUCGGCAGAUUUAGCUGGAUUAAAAUGAUAUCAAUGGAUGUGGGAGAUAUCUGGGAUUUCAAAGAUAUUGUGGGAUUAAGAGGAAUAUACAAGAUUUGCAGUAUUAUGGUGGUUAACGAGGAAUUAGAGAGAUUAAGAUGGAUUUCGGAUGAUUAAAUGGGAUAUCAAGCGAUAAAGCCGGAUUAAGAGGAUUUGGAGGAUAUCCAAAUCUAUUCCAUCCAAAUCCCCUAUAUCCUUCUAAAUCCAUCGACAAUUCAACCAAACUACUCAAUAUUUAUCUACCAAAUCCAUUGAUGAAUUUUCGAUAUCUU